GUGAUGGGCCUGCGGUAAAGUACAUGAGACUCUCAACAGAUGUCCGCGGAAAUGGUCUGAACAUCCAGGACGAGUGGGAAGGGCGUUUCAUGAUACUUACUCUGAACCAAAUGACAAACUAAAAAGGGAUCUGUCUUUGUGUCCAAUCUCCCCUGGUAAGAAUGAAGGGGUUAUUGCUGAUAGAGCCACUGGUAGCCUUCUAUGCUUUCGCCAGUUUCCUGGUCUAUCCUCUGGUACCGCAGUAUGUCUACAGGAGGCUAUGGCAGGAUAUAACCAACACCACCUACCCUGUCUCUGACAACACAUCACGCUGUGAUCCUUCCAACACCAGCAGCCACAAUGAGGAGGUGCAGAAGGCGGCGUCUCUCUUCUCCCUCUACACCGAGCUCAUCUCCAUUAUCCCCUCUCUGGCCGUCACCUUCAUCCUCGUUGCCUACAGCGACCAGCGCGGACGCAAGAUCACCAUCAUCCUGCCUCUGAUUGGUUCUCUGUUCUACGCGCUGUCCUUCCUGGCAGUCUCCUUCUUCGAGCUUAACCUCUACCUCCUCAUCGUCUCGUCGUUCGUCAGCGCCCUGUUCGGGGGCUCGGGGACGUUCCUGGGUGGCUGUUUCUCCUACAUCGCUGACCUGUGUGAGGACGGACAGCAGAAGACCCUGCGUAUGGCCGGGAUAGACAUGGUGAUCGGCCUGCUGUCUGGAGUGGCCUCUAUCUCUACGGGAUACUUCCUCCGAGCAGCAGGCUUCAACUGGCCCUUCUUCACCUCUGCUCUGUUCCUGUGUUUCAACCUGCUCUACGCUGUCUUCAUCCUGGAGGAGACGCUCCAACGACCCCUGGAUGCCCCCCUGGACGGCUCCCUGCGUCGCACCGCCAUGCAUCAGCUGGCCUACGGGGCCUACCAACUGUUUGCAGGGGCCAGUAGGAGGCGUAACGUCCUUCUGAUGCUUCUCCUGCUCCUCUUCGGCUCCUUCUCCUUCGCCAACAUGGGCGGGCACUCCAUGAUCACACUGUACGAGCUCAACCAGCCGCUGUGCUGGAACGAGAUCCUAAUUGGCUAUGGCUCUGCACUGUCCAUGACGAUGUUCCUAACCAGCUUCGUGGGUGUGACGGUGUUCUCUCGCUGCGGCGUGCCCAACAUCGUCAUCAUUCUCAUAGGGAUACUGAGUGUCAUGGCGGGUAUGACCCUGGUGGCCUUCGCCAAGACCACGCUCAUGAUGUUCCUGGUCAGGCUUCCAAUGCUUCUGGCCAUCAUGCCAUUCCCCGUGCUGAGAUCCAUGAUGUCGAAGAUCGUGUCAAAGACCGAGCAGGGAGCGUUGUUUGCGUGCUUGGCUUGCCUGGACAGUGUGAACAACAGUGUGGCGAUAGCUGUGUUCAGUAGUCUCUACGCUGCCACGGUAACCUGGUACCCUGGAUUCUGCUUCCUGUUGUCUGCUGGACUCUGUGUCAUCCCGUUGGUCCUGCUAGUGAUUGUGGGGCUGCUGGGGGUGGAUGAAAGUAAAGAGGCAGAGGUCCUCAUCCCAGAAGAGGAAGGCCUGGCCGGAGACGAUGACCCUCUCCUCACCUGAGGCUGGGUGGCAGGUAGCGGUUGGGCCAGUAACCAAAAGGUCCUUGGUUCAAAUCAUCGAGCCGGCAAGGUGGAAAAAUCUGUCGAAUGUGUCCUUGAGGUUGCUCUGAAUAAGAGAGUCUGCUAAGUGAACUUUUGUUUGUUGGGCGUCGGAAUCACAGGUGCGUCGGAAUCACAGGUGCGUCGGAAUCACAGGUGCGUCGGAAUCACAGGUGCGUCGGAAUCACAGGUGCGUCGGAAUCACAGGUGCGUCGGAAUCACAGGUGCGUCGGAAUCACAGGUGCGUCGGAAUCACAGGUGCGUCGGAAUCACAGGUGCGUCGGAAUCACAGGUGCGUCGGAAUCACAGGUGUUGCUUUUGGUUUGAUUUCCCAUCUUUUCUCAGCGUCAAUUUCUCUGUCAAGUAAAGGCCGCGUUUUAAUUAAACACAAUUCUUCUGAUAUUCCGAUCUCUCACUGUGGAAUAAUUAGUCGCUGUUAUGACGUUGUACAUGAUUCAAUUAUUCACGUUGUUGCAACAACAAAAAAAUGGGAAAUAAGCAAAUUGAUUUUCCAAAAUGUUUUAAUAAGUAGCUAGAAGUCUCUGAAGUGAAAUGAAUAUUGAUAUCAAACAGAGCGACCGUAAUAGCAGACCGCGGUAAUCUACCUAAUUCACAGGUUCUGACUGUAUAUCAUGUCCUACUUACCUGUUUACCUGUCUGGUCCUUCUGUAACUCAGUUGGUAGAGCAUGGCGCUUGUAACGCCAGGGUAGUGGGUUCGAUCCCCGGGACCACCCAUACGUAGAAUGUAUGCACACAUGACUGUAAGUCGCUUUGGAUAAAAGCGUCUGCUAAAUGGCAUAUAUUAUUAUUAUUAUAUUACUGAUCUGUCUGUGUUGUCGUUACGUGACAAGGCUCAAACUGUCAAACUCGUUUAGCUGUGCCUUACACCAACAUGAUAGACUUGUAUAGACGCUCAAGGAAAUGCACUUUCUGUCUGAACUAUGUCACGACUUUUGUUAGUUUCCCCAGUGAUCAAAACUGGUUGAGAAAAGAUGUCAUUUCAAUGGCAACUGGUUGGAAUUACAGUGUUGCUCUUUGGGCUGACCCUAGACCAGUUUGGGCUCUUGCUGUCGUUGUCAUGAUGUCACAAACAGAUCUACAAACAGAUCUAGGAUCAGGAUGAAAACACUUUGUUGAUUGAUAUUUCAACUACACUGUUACAGUAGGUUACCUCCACUUAAUGAUUGAUUAACAACAACGAUCAAUAACUCAGAACUGAUCAUGUAAAAACCAGCAUAGUCAAUUGGAUGUGAAGGACAGUAUUGGAAAAUACUACUUUAGAGAAGAAUGUUUUAAAAAGUUGUAUUUUGAAACCAUUGGAUGUGUGCUGUUAUUUUUACAAUAAUUUAUGACUGCCACACUGUUUGUGUAAUUGUGUAAAAUAUUUUUUUUUAAAUGUGUGACGGAAUUUAUGAAACUCUUUAAUAAUUAAUUGUGUAAAAUAAAAUAAAAAAUAAAAUAAAAAAUG